GUUGUAGUCCCGCCCGCGCAGGGGCCCUCCGGGAGCGGCAUGGCGGCGCUGGAGCUGCUGUCGGACGAGGGCUACCGGGUGGACGGGCGCCGCGCGGCCGAGCUGCGCAAGGUGCGCGCCCGCAUGGGCGUCUUCGCGCAGGCCGACGGCUCGGCCUACAUCGAGCAGGGCAACACCAAGGCGCUGGCCGUGGUGUACGGCCCCCACGAGAUGCGCGGCUCCCGCAGCAAGGCGCUGCACGACCGGGCGCUGGUGAACUGCCAGUACAGCAUGGCCACCUUCAGCACCAGCGAGCGCAAGCGCCGGCCCCACGGCGACCGCAAGUCCAGCGAGAUGACGCUGCACCUCAAGCAGACCUUCGAGGCCGCCAUCCUCACGCAGCUCUACCCCCGCUCCCAGAUCGACAUCUACGUCCAGAUCCUGCAGGCCGACGGCGGCAACUACUGCGCCUGCGUGAACGCCGCGACGCUGGCCGUCAUCGACGCCGGCAUCCCCAUGCGGGACUACGUGUGCGCCAGCUCGGCCGGCUUCGUGGAGGACACGCCGCUGGCCGACCUCAGCUACGUGGAGGAGGUGGCCGGGGGGCCGCAGGUGGCCCUGGCCCUGCUGCCCGCGUCGGAGCACAUCGCCCUGCUCGAGAUGAACGCGCGGCUGCACGAGGACCGCCUGGAGGAGGUCAUCGAGGCGGCCAGCCGGGCCUGCAAGGCCGUGCACGCCGUCCUGGACCGGGUGGUGCGCGACCACGUGCAGGAGGCCACCGCGCUGCUGGGGGACUGAGCCGGGGGCCGGGGGGGCCGCGGUGGGGGCCGCGCGUCCACACCCCGUGCUCCGGCGGCGCGGCGCGGAUCGCGGCCGCGGGCGGCUUUGCCGGGGGGGGGUCGGUGGAGCGGGGCCUGCGCCUAAAUAAAGGGCUUCUCAGCCGCA